AAGGGACUUUGAGUUCUACUUUGGCCAAAAAUACCGCAGUGAGGGUCUGUUUCAUCCUUUUUCUCCCAUCUCAGAGCCAUGGAGACUACUGCUAGUCUCACCCACAUCCUGGAUUCUGUUUCAGUACCUUUUCUGCAGUGAUAAAUGUGCAGAGGCUUAGCGGAACCUCAGCCAAAGCUAUAAACUUCAACCGGCCACAAGAGUGUGCAUGUGAGGUGACUGCAUUUUUUUUCCUGCCAAACCAGAAUUAGCCGGUAUAGGAAUGAACGAGCAUGAAGAUUUGAAAUUGCUCCGAUUGGAAGGAAGCCCAGGUUAGGUUUGGGCACCUCCAAACGCACCCUUUUUAAAGCCACCUGGACUAAGGCGUCGAGCUUUCAGCUCCACCAAACGCUCACCUGGCCUGGCGACGAGCAGCGGAGAAGCCCGGGAGCCCCGCACGGAGCGCACGGAGCCGGGCGGAGAGCUGAGCCGCAGGCACCCGCAUCUCCAGGAUGAUAGGCGACAUUGCAACAAAUCUGUCCACCCAGCAGCUCAGGGGGUUUCGAGCAGACCAGCAAGUUGGAGGAUCCGGGCGUGGAGGCGAGUGAGGCCGCAGCCCAGAGGGCCUCGGGCGAAAAAUCUUGGAAAAUGUAUACCAGUCAUGAAGAUAUUGGGUAUGAUUUUGAAGAUGGCCCCAAAGAUAAAAAGACACUUAAGCCCCACCCAAACAUUGAUGGCGGAUGGGCUUGGAUGAUGGUGCUCUCCUCUUUCUUUGUGCACAUCCUCAUCAUGGGCUCCCAGAUGGCCCUGGGUGUCCUCAACGUGGAAUGGCUGGAAGAAUUCCACCAGAGCCGCGGCCUGACCGCGUGGGUCAGCUCCCUCAGCAUGGGCAUCACCUUGAUAGUGGGCCCUUUCAUCGGCUUGUUCAUUAACACCUGUGGGUGCCGCCAGACUGCGAUCAUUGGAGGGCUCGUCAACUCCCUGGGCUGGGUGUUGAGUGCCUAUGCCGCAAACGUGCAUUAUCUCUUCAUUACUUUCGGAGUGGCAGCUGGCCUGGGCAGUGGGAUGGCCUACCUGCCAGCGGUGGUCAUGGUGGGCAGGUAUUUCCAGAAGAGACGCGCCCUCGCCCAGGGCCUCAGCACCACGGGGACCGGAUUCGGCACGUUCCUAAUGACUGUGCUGCUGAAGUACCUGUGCGCAGAGUACGGCUGGAGGAAUGCCAUGUUGAUCCAAGGCGCUGUUUCCUUAAAUCUGUGUGUUUGUGGGGCACUCAUGAGGCCCCUCUCUCCUGGGAAAACCCCAAAUGACCCAGGAGAGAAAGAUCUGCGCGUCCUGCCGGCGCACUCCACGGAAUCUGUGAAGUCGAAUGGACAGCAUGGAAGAACAGAAGAGAAGGAUGGUGGGCCCGGGAACGAGGAGACCCUCUGUGACCUGCAAGCCCAGGAUUGCCCCGAUCAGGCCGGCCACAUGAAGAACAUGUGCGCUCUCCGGAUUCUGAAGACAGUCAGCUGGCUCACCAUGAGAGUCAGGAAGGGCUUCGAGGACUGGUACUCCGGCUAUUUUGGGACGGCCUCCCUAUUUACAAAUCGGAUGUUUGUAGCCUUUAUUUUCUGGGCUUUGUUUGCCUACAGCAGCUUUGUCAUCCCCUUCAUUCACCUCCCAGAAAUCGUCAAUUUGUAUAACUUAUCCGAGCAAAACGAUGUGUUCCCUCUGACUUCAAUUAUAGCAAUAGUUCACAUCUUUGGAAAAGUGAUCCUGGGCGUCAUAGCUGACUUACCUUGCAUCAGCGUUUGGAAUGUCUUCCUGUUGGCCAACUUCACCCUUGUCCUCAGUAUUUUUAUUCUGCCAUUGAUGCACACGUAUGCUGGCCUGGCGGUCAUCUGCGCACUGAUAGGGUUUUCCAGUGGUUAUUUCUCCCUAAUGCCCGUAGUGACUGAAGACUUGGUUGGCAUUGAACACCUGGCCAAUGCCUACGGCAUCAUCAUCUGUGCUAAUGGCAUCUCUGCGCUGCUGGGACCACCUUUUGCAGGGUGGAUCUAUGACAUCACGCAAAAAUAUGAUUUUUCCUUCUACAUAUGUGGUUUGCUUUACAUGAUAGGAAUACUCUUUUUACUUAUUCAGCCAUGUAUUCGAAUCAUAGAACAAUCCAGAAGAAAAUACAUGGAUGGUGCACAUGUUUAGUAUCGUGUAAUGUUCCAUGUCAGGUUUCAAUGUAAUACUCAUGCCUACCUCGCAUGGUUGCUGUGAGGCGCCUAUGGCAGGACCUGGGAAAGCACUUUGUACGGUAACUGGCACUGUCAUUUGUAAAUGCCAUUGUCACAGCCUCAUUUGUAAGCAGCACUGCCUCUCUGUUUGGGGAGACGUAAUGCUGAAACAUUAAGGACUACAUACAUUCUGGCGAUGACAGUGUUGUUCAAAGACAGCCUGUUAAAUAAUUGGGAGAAACGCCCUUAUAAAACCAUUCUCUUGUCAUCUACUGGGACUAGGGUUUUAAAUACAGCUCUUAAAAACAGGGAAUAAAAGCGUUUCAACUCAGCCGCUUCUUUGCAAGACAAAACUGAAGUAUCUGUGUGCUUCCAGAAAGCUUACAGAUCAAUGGGUUUCAAGCACAAGAAUAUGACUGGAUUUCAGAAAUUAGUGAUUACAGGGAGAUAUUGAUCUACGAGCAUCAAAGGCAUGCUCUAAUUCCACAGGUAAUACAACAUAGUACAAUUAAAGAAACGCGGCUCAUAUUUUUAUGAGGGAAUUCUGUGGCUAGGGAUUGUGAUUCAGAAAUCCUCCUCUAAAAGAAGGCAUUUGUCAUUAAUCCUAAUUCAGUGUUAUCCAGUUAUAAAUGGAAUCUUGAGACAAAACCUUAACAAAGAACUAACAGUAAUGAUUUCCUUUGCAGAAGUCGUGUUUGUACGCACAACGUUAAAUCAAGGGCUACAAUUCAAGCACUUUUAUUCAUAUCAUUGGCCUCUUAGAUGAUAAGCAUGAUCUGGGGCCUGUAAUAGUUUUUUCUGAGUUUCUUCUGCCCAAAAAAUAUAAUGUAGAACUAAUUGCUAACUGACAAAGUUAAUAGUUAAAUCAACUGCAAGGAAUGUUACUAAUCCAAAAUACAACACUGUCAAGUUGUGAGGGUAAUAAGUGGAAUCCCCUUAGUAUAGAUGUCUGUGCCACCCCUGACAUUGGAGUAGUGAUAACAAAUAGCCUAUCUCUAGAGUCUCGUGUUCUUAUAUAGACCAUUCAUUUGCCUGAGCUUGGCACAGUUUUAAAAAUAGUUCUCUUGCUUGAUUUCAUACAGAAGACGACUGUGAUCUAUGACAUCCAAUAAUGCCCUUUCUUUAUCUGAGAUGUCUAUUUUUCUAAGCCAAAUGUUUUUCAGACUACAGAAUGUUUUUCCCAGAAUUGUUUGAAAUUUCUGGCUGCCUUACUUGUUUACACAUACUUUAAAACUAUUUAAAUUUCUACUCGCAAUUUGAUCAUCACACACAAACAAAUCCUUGAAUAUCAUUGCCAGCGUCUUAGGUCAAAUUUAUCUAAAGCAAAUACAGCCCAUUCUCAAUUAUCCUUGACAAUUAGAGGCAGGGAUACUUCUAGGAAUUGGAAUCAAACAAUGCCACCCCAAGUCUAAUUUUAGCCAGCAGUUUCAGUUAUACUCAACCACGCCCUUCUGAGUUGUUAACGAGUUCUCUUUUUGUUUCAUCUCCACUAUUUCCUGCUCUAAUGUCUAGUGGGAGCGGUUGUAUAAUGAAAGGACCACCAAAAUAAUAAAAGGCAGCUAAUGGAAAGGAGACACAAAAGCAUGUUUAAUAUAUACACUCAAUAUUACCUCCAAUGACUCGGGAAUUGCCCGUAAAUUAUUAUAGACGAUAGAUUGCAUGUCAUAAUCCAUUUGGUUCAACACAACCACCUAUGUGUUAUCAUCACAGCUUUGGCUGCUGUUACAGAAUCCAGCUCUCUAUUUUGAUAAAGAUAAUCUUAAAGCUGAGGCAAUGCUCCCUCUUCUGUCUCUCUCUAUGAUUUACCAUAGAAUUAGGAUGAUUAGAUUGAAACACAUGUUGUUGUCUGUUUUAAAACUGACUACAUUGAUUCAUUACUUUCAUUUUCCGACAACAUCAAAUUAACACAAGAGGCAGUGUUAAGUAUUUUAAAUGGUGCUAAAGCCAAUGUAUUUGGAUGCUUGCACUGCUGGUUGUGUAUCAUCAAUACGAACCUUUUAUCCAAUGACUCGACUUUGAUUACGUCUAGGUUAGACUUGCUCACGUUCAGUUUGUACAGUUGUUUGUAGACUUACUAUGUUUUUGGUAGAAGUGGUAACUUCUACCAAAUGAGAAGUUCCCAUUGUCAAAAAAACAAAGACCUGCUUGCAGUAUUUAUGUUGACAAAAGAGCAAAAGAGAAUACUGUAAAGAAUUACUGCGAAUAUUUCCUGUUUAUGUUAGUGGUCAUUCUUUUGAAGAUAUUAUAAAGGGUUAAAUGUGUGUUUGUAUUAUGUGCUUCAUGGUUUUCCCCUCAUGUAUCCGAGUAAUUUCUAUUUACAUACAACCAAAUAAAUGUUGUCCUCUUUGAA